AUGUCGCUGCACGCGUUUUGGGGCCCAAGCCGGUCGUCAACCACGCGAAGCUUAUCGGUGACAUCUUCCUCGAGGCAAUCUACCGAUCCAAGCGAGCCGAUACCGUCGACCGAGCAAACGCCAGGCGUGGAGCAACCGCUCCAUCGGUCUACCUGCCCUCCAGAUUCUCUGUCGUUCCCAAUUGACUGGGGCGUGCUUCGGCGGCACGAUGGCACGAUUCUCAAGGGUAUACAGUAUCGCAUACGGGACAAGAGGAACGUGGGCAGACGAGUGGAGGUCUCGUGGAUCUAUUCAUAUGGAGCAGAGCUGGAGCAUAGUAACGACAAGUACUUCCUAUGCGCCGAUUGCCAUACAAAGAAGCGGUAUACCAGCCAGUUAUUCGCAGCAGAAUCGACGACGGCCGCAAUCCAGCAUCUUUUAGAGUUCCAUAAGAUCAAACGGCCAUCGAAUUCGACCACCGGUGACGAUGAUAUCGAUGCCACCAAUGCCGCAGAAGUUUUCCAGCUCAUCAUGCCAUUUAAUGAGGAUGAGUACAAGCAAAAGCUCAUUGACUGGGCCAUCAAGUUGCGCCUUAGCUACCGAGAAGUCACGGACGAGUCGACCACUGAUUUACUCACAUACGGCAAGCCUCCGCUCGUGUGCCUGUUACCAACGCAUCACUCAACGCUCUCGCGGUGGGUGAAGGAUUCGAUGGCAGCACGCUUACCAUUCAUCAUCGAAUUGGUGCAGUCCGCACUCAGUCGCAUCAACCUUUCGAUCGACGGAUGGCGGGCUCAUAAUCGCAGAGAGUACAUCGCUGUUUGCGGACACUUCGUCGAUGGCCAGGGCCAUCCUCGAACACUCCUACUCGGCUUCCCACGAGGUUAUGGCGGUCACACUGGCGACGACCUCGCAGCACUGGUAAAGCCAGUAAUUCUACAAUACGGCAUCGGCGAGAAGCUCGGCUCCUUCGUUAUGGACAACGCUGAUGACAACGACAAAUGCCUCGAGGUGUUACAGCGUUCCUUUUCCUCGAUCGAUCCAGAGGCAGACCGUAUUCGCUGUAUCGGCCAUAUUAUUAAUCUCGUCGGUCAGGCUCUCUUAUAUGGCGAAGGCGUCAGCGCGUGGGAGAAGAAUCUCAUUGAGGCUUCCGAGGAGCAGCGCGUAGCUCUCUGGACCCUCAAAGGCGUCAUUGGCAAGCUGCAUAAUCUCGUUGUCUACAUUAAUCGAAACGACGCACGCCGUGAGCAGUUGAGAGCUCGCAUGCGCGUCACGAAGACAAGCGACGGCAUGCUGUUCGUCGGCGUGCUCCUCAGUGACGGCGGCAUUCGAUGGAACGCGACGUACUACAUGAUCGAGCGUGCUCUUAAGUGUCGGCCUGCCAUAGAUCUUUACCAGGCACAGUGGAAGCCUCCAGAUAGAAACGACAAGCACAAGAAUGACUUCCUCACCGAGGCUGAUUGGCACGAGCUUGAGCUCUUCUAUAGGCUCCUGCAGCCCUUCGAGCGACUCACGAAGCGACUACAAUCAAUGAAAUAUGAAUUCAUCCAGGGCACGUUGACCGUACACGUUGCCGUCGAAUCCUUCCCAAGAGCGACAUUGGUUCAGAAACGAAUCGUAUUCGGAAGCCGGGUAUUCAUAAACGCCGCGGAAAGACUCUACGGCCAGUUUGCCAUGAUUGCUGCCGCUUAA